AUGACCUGGGAGGAUGUAGUAUCCAAGUUUCAUAGGUCGCAUAGCCCGACUAUUCAAGAUAUAGCACCCUCUCUCGCCGCCGCCGGCCGACCGCUGAGCCCCGCCCCCGCAAUCACAAAUGUCCAAGCCUUGUUCGCACACGACUCGCAGGAGAUGGAUAUCGACUCCAGUACUCCUGGCUCCAACCACCCCGGUCGACCUCCAUUGAGCGAUGCUCGAAUUCGUACCCCUUUGCCAUCGGGUCCCCGUCUCGAGAAGUCCUUGUCGUUACCUGGGAUCGAAAGUUUUAAGAACGAUCUCCAAACUAAUGUGGGACGUAUGCUUUCCACGCCCAGCCGAGAUCGAUAUAGCUCUGUACAGGUCCUGUUCCUAUUCUGGCAAGAUGACGAGGAGGUCCCCACGAUUCAGUCCGCUGUGAGGGAGCUUGCGGAAGUUUUCGAUAAAUAUUAUCGUUACGGAUUCCAAGUACAGGCCAUUCCCUCAUCGUCCGAUGGCUGCAAGAGCUCCUGGCGAUGGCUUUCGAGGCAACUGAACGAGUUCGUCGAAGAUCGCGACGAGCGUGACGUGUUGAAGAUAGUGUAUUAUGCUGGACACACGUACCUCGAUGCCAAUCGGGAGAUGGUUCUGGCAAGCUCUCGAGAUCCCGAACAAGCUUCGACUAUUCGAUGGGGUGGUAUCCAACAAACCCUGGAGGAAGCUUGUGCCGAUACGUUAAUUCUAAUGGACGCGGCAUACUAUCCGUCAUUCAGGAUGGUUCGCCAGCAGGGCGUUUUGGAGCUUCUGGCAGCCUCAGUCUCGGAAGCCCAUUUCUAUGACCUAGAUCGUUGCGCGUUCACUCGGGCCUUGGCUGAGCAACUGCGAGUAAGGGCAGCACGAUUAAGUCCUCUAUCUGCAGCCGAGUUGCAUGCAAAUCUGUUCUCUCAUUACGCCAAGAUGGUUCAGGACAAGUACCCGGAGAAGGAGGCGCUGACGAGUUUCCCCUCGCCAUUACAUAUGAUGAUGUCGGGCAACUCGAGGCUUCCGUCCAUCUUCCUCUCACCUGUGUACCAGAACAGUCCUAUGAGGAGCAGUUUUUCGUCAUACGAGAACAGCCCGCAGCUACAUUUGUCAAUUCGACUUGAUGAUGACAAUGUCGACAUUGAAAGUUGGAACGAGUGGUUGCGAUUAAUGCCUGAAGGUAUCAGAGAUAUCAAAGUCGAGGGCCCGUUUCGAGCUACGUUCAGAUGA